CCAUUGGGAGACACCCCGCGGCUCUGAACUCAGGCCCCGCCUACCCGGAUCUCCCGGAUGUAGACACUAUUCCCUUCCUGUCGGGGGUCAGUCUUGUGCUUCCGGGUAACGGGGACGCUGGAAGCUAAGGUGGGGAGUCCGAGGCGGGACGUGGGCCCUGAUAUGGAUAACAGACGUGAUGAGAAAUGUGGAACACCAUGCGCUACGUCACAAGAAGAGAUGAAAGUCAGAGGGAAAGACAAGAGAAAGCGAAAACGCAGCAGAAGCAGAUCAUCAUCCAUUUCAUCAACAUCAUCUGCUAGCACUACUACUACAUCCUCCUCAUGCUCUUCAUCAAGGUCUUCCUCCUCUUCAAGCAGCAGAAGCAGUUCAAGUGGCAGAGAUUCUCCCAAGUCUAAAUCAAAGAAAAGGAAAAAAGAAAAACGCAACAAAAAGAAGAGGAAGAAAGAGAACAAGCUGAAGAAAAAGAAAGAAAAGAAAAAAAAGAGAGAGAAAUCAGGACCUGUCCAGCUUUCCAAGUACCUUAAAGACAAAAAGAAGACUGAAAACUACAGUAUGAUAACAGGAAAAAAAAUUAAGAUGAAAAUAAAGAAGAGUAAAAAGGAUAAAGAGAGAGACCGAAACCGUGCUGAACUCCUUGAUUUCCUAAACUCUGCCUUGUAAUGGAAAGAGUGCCGAGCAAGGACUUGUAAAUCUCCCAAGCCAACCGGUCAUCAUGCCUAGCAAAACACAAAGGAAACUCAGGGAAAAGGGCACCAUUUGUGACAAGACCAGGCUCUUAUGCUGUGAAGACAAUCAGUGUCCUUUAUAAUUGGCAAAAUGAAGAGUUACUGCUAACUUGUUUAUUAAUAUCCAUGUCCUCCUUUUGAGAUCCUAAAGUAAUAUCCAAGUUGCAAUGUUGUAUGAGUGCUUAAAAUCUGUUGCUGAUGAUGAUCUGAAGUGAAAUUAUAUUAUUGUACUUCAGCGUAUCAAAUACAUCCCAGAGCUGCAUGCAGAGUACACUGUUAAUUUCAAAUGUCUGUAAUGUUGCAAUAGCUGAAACAAAGCAGAGUACUUGUAGGUCGUCUGCUUGAAAAAUUAGGUGUUCCUGUAUAUAUCUUCCUUAGUAGUGAUUUUAUUUGUUUUAAAGAUGACGAUGACUCUUUGUGAAUAGUACAUCUACAGAAAUGAAUAUCUUUUUUAACAGUCAUUCUUCAAUAUGUUGCUUUCUCAAAAAGUUUGAGACUCGGGCCUUCUCACAGGUGUUUAUUACCAUUUGUCAAAGCUUGGUAACAAAUUUAUAAUUAAAAUAUUCUAGAGUAAUAAAAACAUUAGCUGAAUAUUUUUAUUCAAAACUAGAAGCAGAAAGGACUCCUCCUUGGGCACAGAUCAGUUAUGUUUUGAACACUAGUGCAUAUUCUUGCUAUGUAUAGAUUGCUACACAUUCUGACUGCUAAUCACUCUUACUGGUUCCCAUGCGUCAGGGAGAGAGGCUCCAGUGUACAUUGCAACAGAACUAAGAGCAGUUGACUUCAGCGGGAAUUUUACAUGUAGAAUGAUCAUAUGAUACAUGGGCCUUAGUUAAAACACACAGCUAAAAACACUUGGGGCUGAGUUUGAACAAGAGUACCAAAGUAUGUGACAUCUGAAGAACCACAGCAGUGUUCCAAGGAGACGUUGUGAAACCUUCUUACAAUCCGGAAGCCAGUUUUAUAAAGUAUUUGAUGUUAAAAAAUUGUAUAGAGAUUCUAAUAACUAGAGAAUUAUGAUUUAGCAAAGCACUUGUGUCCAACCCCAUUCCCAACAAUACUUAAGUGUGUGCUUAGUCCCAUUGGCUUCAGUGGAGUUUAAGCACAUGCUUAAGUGCUGUCCUGUAUUAGGGCCUGGGGAAGAAGACUGGGGAUUAGGAAAUCUAGGUUCUAUUUCUUGGUCUGCCACUGACCUGUGACUUAAUCGCUUUCCAUUUUCAUAUUGGUAAAAUGGGCGUGAUACUAUUUAUCUGUGUAAAGUGUUUUGACUCCCUGGGAUGAAAAGUACUGGAGAAGUGCAAAGUUGUAUGGAGUAGCACUAACCUCUUCGUCAUUAAAGUUAAACUGACUUUUCAUUUUAA